AUGAAACGUUACCGACAACAAAAAUCGGAACCGAAAGGAGCUUCAAUACCAAUACUAGUGCCCAACUCGCUAAAACAUGUGAAAAGAAAAAGCUCUUUUGAAAACCCGAACAAGAAGCGAAAGCGAAGUAUAGAAAAGAAGAUGAAUUUGAGCAGGGAUAGCAGCGGGAACACUGCUGGGAAUCGAGACCAAUUAAAACGACCACGUUUUGGGCAAAUCAGAAUUCAGAGAGAGAUCUUGUAUAGAGAAGAAGAAAAAUUAACAGAGAUAGAGAAGCGGAAGGAGAGAGACGUUCGGAGGGGGAAUUAG